AUGAAUGGUUCUGCCGACUGUGCGCACCACCUGUUGCUAAGAAGUCUAAAACAUCUGGGUAAUUUUUUUCUUAUUUAAUGUAAGAAAAAUCGCACUUUAACGCCAUUUUCAACUUGCAAUCGUUUUGUUUUGAGAUCAGGGGGGUAUUACCUAAAGAGGGGAGGGGACGAAUGCCCUAAGAUAUACCCUAAGAGGGGGCGAAUCUCGUGGGGGCGAAAAUCCUGUGACAACGGCACUAGAAUGUUUUCGGGACCCCCUUCCUCCUCUCGUCUGCGACAUUAACGGAGGUAGCUUCGCCGCACUGUACCGUCCACAGAAAAUUAUUUGGCCCCAAUCUUAAUUCAGAGGUAUUGCGCGGGAAAGCAAGCAGCGAGAAUAAUUGGUACAUAUAUACUGUCAGUAUACUAUAUAAAUAUCAAGUAUACUUUGUUGUUGAAUACAUUAUGGCGCAACGUCAAAAUUUUCCAUUGAGGCACAUUCGAUACUUUCUCAUUGCCUUAACCUUUUUAUUAUACCUACUAUACAGUUCCACAACAGAGUUGUGCAAGUUUUUAUGAAUCCGGGGAAAGAGAAGAUGGUGUGUAUCUUAUAGAUCCUGAUGGCUUCGGAACAUUCAAAGUCUGGUGUGAUAUGCAAGAUGGCGGAGGUUGGACAUUGUUUCAAAGACGACAGGACGGAAGUGUAGAUUUCUAUCGUGGUUGGUCAGACUAUAAAGUUGGUUUUGGUAACUUGACCGGCGAAUUCUGGCUUGGGUUGGAUAAGAUACAUCGUUUGACCACAUCUUCUACUCAAAGUAUUUUAAGAAUUGACAUGUGGGAUUUUGCUGGCACACACGCCUACGCCGAGUAUAAGAAUUUUUGUGCGGCUUCUGAGUCAGACAGUUACAAACUAAACAUUGGGAAUUUUUCAGGUAAAUAUAUAUAACAAUUGACUUAUAGCAAGGCAAUAAAAGUUAGACAGAACAUAACCAUACUAAAUUUAUAAAAGUGUGAAGUAUGGCAUAUAUACAUGCUUCUCUCGUAAAAUAUUGCCUGGUUUAAGUUACAAGCAGUUUCUAUGUGUAAACAGUAACUAAAAAGACUUGAAAUUCGGUGGACAACAGUAUAAAUAAUAUUAUAAGCAACAAUAUGUUUUAGAAAAUGCGAAAAAUGUAGCUUUAUACAUGGCUCUUUCCUUCAAACGAACUCCUCAUGGAUUAAGAUUACGCUAUUUCAUAUUCCUGAUACCAUGAUACUCUUUAUAUCAAAUAUAUCAAAGAUUCCAUGCGUGCAUGUUUCAACUUUAUGCGUAUAAUUGAAUUUUUUUCUUAAAUAUUGCUUAUAUCAGCCGACUAAUAAAAAAAAUCCCAAUUGACUCACGGAUCGUCUGAAAUGGGAUUUUCAGAGCCUUCUCUAGAGAAGACAAUGAAAAUCUCAUUUCGGACGAUUUAGAGACACCAGGUUUCCAAAUGCCCCCGUCCCUCUUUCCCCUACGUUUACCAAUCUUCCUAAGCCCCCGAUAACACGGGAGGAAAGUGAAGCCAAAAAUCCCAAGAUGGGAAUCUGAUAAGCAUACUCAAACUCCAAACGUUUUGGGAUUUUUCUGAAUAUUUUCAGGCAAUGCUGGUGAUUCAUUCAUUAAUCUCAACGGAAUGAUGUUCACGACCAACGACAGAGAUAAUGACGUAAAUGUUGACCAGAACUGCGCAACGAAACGCCAAGGUGCUUGGUGGUACAAAAGGUGUGGCUACUCUAAUCUGAAUGGGCUGUAUUUCGCGACGUCAAAUGUGACUGCGCAAAGAAGUCGAAUUAUCUGGUACCAUUGGAAAAAUGAUUAUAAAACCGUUAUGAAGAAUGUUGAGAUGAAAAUACGUCCAUCUUAUAGACACACUCGUAGAAAUAAUUACAGUCUACAUGAGUGCAUGUGCAAGAAGUAGUAUUAUGCAAGAAAAUGAAUCAAAGUGAUUGUCGAUAAAUUGAUUGUAUAAAAAGUUCUUUAACUGAACCAUACAAAGAUAUUUUUCAUACGUUCAUAUGAUCCACAUUUUUCUCAAUAAUUUUUUUGCUUAGCAUGUAUAAUUUUUGCGUUGACUAUAUUUAAGGGUAAUGAUUCAGUAUUCUCUUUGAUAGUUUGCUUAACUUUUGUUCUGUAUUCGACAAUUUUUCAAGAAAUGUUCACACGCCUCCGGGUCUAAAACGAUAAUUUUUAAUUUAAAUUCUGUUUCUUUUUAGAUUUUAAAUGUUAGAAAACCUUUUAUUAAAGUCUAUUAAAGUUGUUGGUUGUUUCCCUUCCCUUAAAUAUUAAAUAGCAAUGUUUUUGUUUACAGUUUGGCAUUUAAAAUCCCCGACAAUUUUCUAGCGCAUGCGCAGACGUUUUCCGCGAUAUUCUCUGAGGAUGGUUCUGAAAUAGAAUUAGAACAUUGCGCGUUCUCCUAACAAAGCCUUCGUGAAAAUAUUUCGCGCACUUAAAUUGGCAAUACCAAUCCUCGUUGACUCCAUUGCUCAAUUACUCAGAGGCCUUGGCCUAGCGACCGUAGAUCAAUGGAUGCGAGUUGGAAUCCUGCUGGAGACAAGAAAUUUUUCGUUGUACUCCGCAGUGUCAGAAUCUUAUGAAAGUAGUUUUUCAUACCGCGGACUAAGUUCGUGCUUUAUCGUAUUGUGCUGAGAGGGGCGAAGCUACUGCAUGAUGGAGUUUGCCUUCACAAACAUCAUGUUGUGGGACAUAGAUCUUGUCUACCAGCUUGGCUUUGGUCUCUGCUGAUAACAUUUAUCUCGACCCUAAUCAUUUCGAAUUCAACAAAAACCUCAUCGAACAUUUUGUUGUUAUAAACGGGCGUAGGAAGAAAAAAAGAGGCAGGGGGGGGACUUUCACGGGCACUUUUCAUACAAAUUUUGGCAUCCUUCAGUGCACGUGAAUUCCCUUUCUGUAGCCGAACCGAGGAAAUGUGUCUGAAGUUACAAUUGAUACGGAUGAUACGGAGGUGAAUAAUUCUCAUCUUUGA